UCCUCCGGUCGACCCGCCAUCCGCACGCCGAUAAGCACUUCUUUGGCCCUUGGUCAUUCUCAAGCCAAGAGAACCUCUGAUUCUGCAUUAGCCGUCCCUCAUACGGUUUCCACGCCUUCUUCACCACUCUGUCCUAUAUCAACAAGUCUUGUUCUAGCCUCUACGGUGUCCAACAAUUCCACAGUAGGCAACACAAAUAGUACGACUAGCAGCAGCACUCGGGCGCAAUUCAUCCCAAGCCCUACUGGUGAGAUGUGCAUUUCAGAGCAGUCACUUCCCCUUCCUAAUGUCUAUCGUUAUCCUACUGCUGGCGAGGACUCUAUGACCAGUCGGGCUCAUUUGACACAUAAUCUAGGAAUUAUGGCCUUCCGAUCGUCAGCUCAUACUUCGCGUUCUGCAAUGAACAUUGUUACAGUCUCUGGGCCCAGUACUUGUGCAGCUCAAGCUCACACAACUGCUGUUCAGGCGAGCCAAUCGCGCCCAUUCGUGCCAGGUUCAUCGAAUGGUGAUCGUUUCUAG